AUGGUCCGCUCAAGUCCCCGUGCCCUCGUCGGCCUCUUGGCUGCCUCGGCCGCCGCCACCGUCUCGGCCGCGCCCACCGUGGCCGCUCGUGGCGACGCCCCGGCCUGCGCCCCCCCGCCGGCGGGCACCAAGUAUGCGUGGUCCAUUGGCGAGUUUGUCUUCAACACGUCCAUCACCUUCAGCACGCCCGCCCACCAGAUCGACGGCGGCGUCGUGCAGUUCAACCUGACCAACCCGGCGCUGGCGUACCCGGCCGUCUGCGCGGCCUACUCGUCGCAGCUGUCCGAGUUUUUUUACGGCAACAUUGUCUACAACUGCACCACCGAGAACCCGGACACGGCCACGGCGUUUACGUUCAACGCGCCCACGGGGCAGCUCAACGUCAACCAGUCGUGGCUGUGCAUCGACACGGACAACGGCCCGUACCCGGCGACGUUUGCGUACGGGGCCAGCGUGGACCUGACGCCGGCGUGCACGAGCUCGAUCUACCAGAACCCCGACUGGCAUAUGGGCGAAAUCUACAGCAGCAACACGACGACGUGCGUGCAAAAGGACGUGACGUUGACGCCGCAUCCGCAGGCCGAGGCGUAA